CGCGGAGGGGCGGGGUGGGGGGGCCAGGGGAAGAAGAUGGCGACGCUGGGCAGCGAGCCCCAACCUUUCGCCCCUGCGCUCCCAGCUGCAGCUUUGCACCAGCAUCAUCACCAUCAUCAUCACCAUCACCACCAUCUUCAGCAUCACGGAGGAGUCGGGGCUGGAGCUGGCGGCGGGGCCGGAGCUGGGGCGGGGAGCACCGGAGGAGGCUACAACCUGCCUCUGAACCGAGGUCUGGAGCGGGCGCUCGAGGAGGCGGCCAAUUCCGGGGUGCUCAACCUCAGUGCCCGCAAAUUGAAGGAGUUUCCUAGGACCGUAGCCCUCGGACACGACCUCUCGGACACGGUGCAGGCAGAUCUCUCCAAGAACAGACUGAUUGAAGUUCCCAUGGAAUUGUGCCAUUUUGUGUCUCUAGAAAUAUUAAAUCUGUAUCAUAACUGUAUCAAAGUUAUUCCAGAGGCCAUCAUCAACUUGCAGAUGCUGACUUACUUAAACUUAAGUCGAAAUCAGCUGUCAUCAUUGCCAGCCUGCCUGUGUGGUCUCCCUCUCAAAGUCUUAAUUGCAAGUAACAACAAGCUUGGAUCUCUUCCAGAAGAGAUAGGUCAACUCAAACAGUUAAUGGAAUUGGAUGUCAGCUGCAAUGAGAUCACAGCGCUGCCGCAGCAGAUAGGACAACUGAAAUCUCUAAGAGAACUGAACAUCAGAAGAAAUUACCUUAAAGUUUUACCACCAGAACUUGUAGAUCUUCCUUUGGUAAAAUUUGACUUUUCCUGCAAUAAAGUGCUCGUGAUUCCGAUUUGUUUUAGAGAAAUGAAGCAGCUGCAAGUGUUAUUGCUUGAGAAUAAUCCCCUUCAGUCCCCUCCAGCACAGAUUUGUACAAAGGGAAAAGUGCACAUAUUCAAGUAUCUGAGCAUACAGGCCUGUCAGAUUAAAUCAACAGACUCACUUUAUCUUCAUACUAUGGAAAGGCCAAAUUUACAACAGCAUGUGGAAGAAAGCAAGAAAGAUUCUGAUUCAGGAGUUGGAAGUGAUAAUGGAGAUAAACGUUUAUCUGCCACUGAGCCUUCUGAUGAAGAUACUGUCAGCCUUAAUGCCCCAAUGUCAAAUAUCAUGGAAGAAGAGCAGAUUGUAAAGGAAGAUUCAUGUCAUCGCCUUAGUCCAGUGAAAGGGGAAUUUCAUCAGGAAUUUCAUCAUCAAGAGCCUUCCCUUUUGACUGAAAAUAAUAACUCAGGAGAAGAAAGAGAACAGUUCACUGAUGAAACUGAUGCCCUCUCUACUAAAUUUAUUAGCUAUAUCAAGGGCAGAACAGACGACUGUGAUGAAUUGUUACGGAUAGAAGAGGACACACACUGGCAAACAGAGCGAAUGAACGAUUUAUCAGAUAACCAAGAUGUGGAUAUAGCAAUGAUAGACCAACUUAGAGAAGCAGUAGAUUUGUUACAGGAUCCCAACAGAUUAGGUACAGAUAUUACAGAGAGAAGUGUCAGGAACCUCUAUCCCAUGGACUCAGCAACAACCUUAGAAUUACAGGAUUCUACAAUAAAUGGUCAAAUACAGCUAGAAUCUUCUCCUGAUUGUCAGGUGCAAAAUGAUCUGGCUUUAGGAAGUAUAGGGAUCCGAUGUUCUCAAAAUGAGAGUAAAGAGAACUCCCCUGCCAUCUCACCUACUGCAAAUAGCACAGCCCCAUUUGGACUGAAACCUCGAUCAGACCCAUCCCUCACUCUUCCUCCUAUCUCCUUCAACAAACUUACACAGGCACAAACAUGGGACAACUAUAGCUACAAUAUUCCAUCAGAAGGAGACAGUGACAAUGUGUUCAUGAGACCACAGAGGAAUUUGGAAUCCAUAGAUCCUCAGUUUACAAUUCGGAGGAAAAUGGAACAAAUGAGAGAAGAGAAGGAGCUCGUGGAGCAACUCCGGGAGAGCAUUGAGAUGAGACUAAAGGUCAGCUUACAUGAAGACCUAGGAGCAGCUCUGAUGGAUGGCGUGGUCCUCUGUCACCUUGUUAAUCAUAUCCGUCCGCGAUCUGUAGCAAGUAUUCAUGUCCCCUCACCAGCAGUGCCCAAACUCAGCAUGGCCAAAUGCAGAAGAAAUGUAGAAAACUUUCUGGAUGCAUGCCGAAAAUUAGGAGUUCCAGAGGCUGACCUCUGCUCUCCGUAUGACAUCCUGCACUUGGAUUUUCGUCACAUUCGAAAGACUGUUGACACUCUGCUGGCACAUGGGGAGAAACCCCCACAAUCAACUUCUGCCCUUCGCUCCAGGGACCUUAUAGGCUUCUGUCUUGUCCACAUUUUCUUUGUAGUGUUGAUGUAUAUCACUUAUCGCUGGAAUGCUCUGUCAGCAUAAUCUGUUUACUCACAUGUGCAUUCAAACAUUCUGCUUUAUCUGACUUUUUUCAGGUACUUUUCACUUCUUCCUUUGCACUGCAGACUUCUACUCCUGCCAUCUUUUCAAUAGUCUUAGAAGCUUGGGCCAAGAUAUUUUCACAUUAAGUUUUCAGGACAGAACUUCUAAAUCAUAAAUGCCAUUAAAGGUCUCUCUUUUUUUCCUCUAUGCAUUAUAUCACAUUUGGUUUACUGAGUCUAUGGGAUAUCAGUAGUAUAGCUGUCACAAGUUUUUUUUUCUGAUUUAUUGCUUAAUGCUUGAAUCUAUACCUGAAUAGGAAAAAAUAAGGAUUCAGUUUAAAAAAAAAAGAAAGGAAAGAAAGGAGCUGAGAUGAUUCUUUAUAUGGACAUUUUUCUUUCGGGUUAGUAGUAAAGAAGGACCAGAGUACAGAGUUAGGAAGAUGAGGGCUAUUUUUGGUGUUGCUGCCAUUUAGAGAUGGAAAAUCAAGGCGUCAGUCCAAAGCAGUCCUAAAGUUCUUCAAGAAUGAAGAACACUGAUUGACCUGUUUUUAAAAGCCUACCCAAGGAAUUACUCUAUUUCUGGGAAUUCAUCUGGAUUCUUCUCUAGAUUGGAGCGAUGUUUAGACCAAUUUGCCCAUGUGCAAACCAAUAUGUGGUCACGGUGGUCAAGGAAAGACCCUUCAAUAGAAAAGCUCUGGGGAAGUGGAAUUAGUCAUUAAAAGAGUAAAUGGUGGAUUUGCUGGCACAGUAACUUCUGUACAUUUCCAUCCCUCCUUUCUUAUUAAGCUUGUCUUAAGACCUUUGACAGCUAUUAAUACAAAGCCAUUGUGGGGAGGAGGGAUUGGCAGAGAAGGGGGACCGUGUUAUUUCUAAAUAACAUUUUACACACAUGUAAUUGAUGGUUUUGUAUUUGAGAGCUUCACUUAACAAUUAAUUAGGAUAGAAAAAAGUGGGUUCUAAAUUCUGCAGGUUCAGAAUAUGACCCAUUUAGAACAUUCUUAGUCGUGCGUUUUUAGUAUAAUUCCAGGAUAUAAUAAGAUUAAUAGAAGAAAGAAGACCUUUCCAUAUUGGGGUACUCCUUAAACCUGUGAAUUCUAAUUAAUAUGCACUAACAAAUCACUUAAAACCUUGACUAGAUUUAGAGGAUGUUGCCUCAAGUACAGGGUCCAUGGAGACAAAGUGAUUAAAGAAAAACAAAAUGUAUUCCACGCCUAGCCAAAAUUCUGAGAAUGUCUUACCUUCUCAUGAAAGCAUGCCAUAUUAUAUAAAAACAAGGAAAUUAAAUCCUAUUGAUUUAAAUUCCAUUUCUACAUGUGGCCUGUCACUGUUAUUUUAUUUUAAUACUAGAGUUGUCAUUUCUUUCCUAGAUUUAAAAGAGAUGACAGUUAUUCUCUACUAAUAUGAACUCCUAAGCUUACCAAAAAAUAACCAAUUUUCAUAUGGAGUUUCCAGGAAGACAUAUUUUCCCCCAAAUAUUUCUGUGAACCCUGCUAGGCAAGUACCCAAUGAUAAUAAUUCAAAGAAGAGAUUUAUGCAGCUUUCUUGCCUCCCAGUAUGAUCUAACUCAGAUUGUAUUACAUAGGGAAAUGGUUAAUUUUCUGUUAGAAAAGGAUACUAUUACUGCGUUGUCUUAUCAUCUUUUUGGCAAGGCUUCCCCUUCCUCUCCCAAAAAGUAAGUGCUGAUUACAAAGCCACAGGUUUUUAUAAAGUUAUGUUUUCUACUUGAACAGCACAACCAGUAGGCACACCAGAUUGUAUUAGCUUGUAACCCAAUUCUGUUCAGCACCUAGCACAGAAUUAUUAGCCUUCAAGUGCUUAAUAAAUGCUUUUCUGAAUGAUAUUUAAGAGUUUUUAUUGGUAUAUUGAUAGCUUUGCACAAAUGUACCCAGGGCAACUCUCAGUGGUUCUAACAAUUUAAUAUUCUGAAGCCACACAGUGCCUCAUCCAUCACUCCCAUGAAAGAGAAGGUAUGUUGAUGCUCCUCUCUGCGGUUCUGAUGGAUGGUGGUUUUUCAGGAGUGAUAUAGUAUGUCGUAGAGGAAACUUAACAUCAUAUCCCCUUAGGUCAGGAAAUGGAACUAACUCCUUUGUCCAUCUCUAGUCAAUAUUCUAAAACCUUUUCAUUUUCUCUCUAGGGCUGCCUCUCUCUAAUUCAUGUCUACCAUUUAACCAUUUUGAAAGGUACAUGCACAGAGCUUACUGUCCUAUUGAGUGUGAAAGCUUUUCUGAGAUUUGGUGGCUUUGUUUUUUAAAAUUUCGUUUUAUAGCAGAGGAACCACUUUCUAACUCCAACCCUUUUAAUGCCUCCAUUUUUUUUCUUCUUAUAGCACCAGAGCCUAUGAAGUCAUAAGCUCUUUUCUUACCUGUAUGUUUAGCCUUUUUUAUACUAUAUUUGCUAAGAUGUACCCUUUUAGUGACAGUGUUUAUAAAGGCUGUAAUUGUGACUCUCAGUUCACCAUCAUUCAUGAGUCCUCAGAGAGACAGAAAUGGACUCUUAUUCACUUUUACCUUGCAAACUUCCAGCACUAAAGGUGCCCCAAAAAGUAUGUUUUUGUCUGGAGAUAUAGUAUGGACUAGGAAUCAUUCUCUUCCAACAUUUGACUCAGGUAAGACAACUCAAUAGAAAUGAUAGUGAUAUAUUUUGAUGAGGUAAGGAAUUUUCACAUGUAGUUUAUAGUUGAUUGUAAUAAGAGAAUGGAAUUCAGCAAAUUUCAGCUUGAAUUGUCUUUCUAUAACCUUUCUAGAUCUUGCUCAAACCCAAGAAAACUCAUUACAAAGGCUAGGCAUGAGGAGAAUACACAUGGAAUUUUGAGACCAUAGAAAUAGUCAUGGUCUAAUAAUGACCAAACCCCAUGAAAAGAGCUCAAAUCAGGAGAUAUUAUUUUAGAAAUUUAGACCAGGUUGUAAAAUGAAUUUCAUGGGAUCCAGUAUUUAAUACUCUGAAACAAAGGCGGUGACUCUUUAUGUAUAAUUCAUUAUUCCCUUUUUUUUUUUCUCAUGAGAGUUACAAAGUUAACAGUGUGAAUAAACCUAGUUUGGGCACUGAAUUUUUUUAAAUAUCAUUGAGCUUUUCAUAAACCAUCUCAUUUGCUUUAUCAUUAAGCCCUUAAGAAUUAUUUUCUCUUAACCUUAUUAUGCAUUUAUAUAUCCAAGUAGUUAUUUAAUAAAUGUUUGUUGAUUAAUCAUA